AUGUUUACUGAUAUGCGCCAAGCGUUAGAUCUGGUUGGCAAAAAAGUGGACAUUUUAGACCAUCUGGCUACGUUGCCCGAGUCCGAGCGACUGGCUGCCGAUAAGAAGCUUGCCGAUAUUGAAGAAUACUACAUGCUGAAUACCGAGCCUACGGUCGGUGUGGUCGAGCUGUUCAAGUUUCUGUCGUCCAAAAACAUCAAAUACACUGUUUGCACGAGAAAUCUCAUCAAACCUGUUCAGCAUUUGCUCGAUACCCAUCUUCCAGGUGUUACCUUCCACGAGCCGGUGGUGACACGCAGUUUUCAACCACCGAAACCUUCUCCGGAACCGCUGCUCCAUAUUUCCUCCCAGUGGGGGUUCCCCGCGAAGGAGAUGGUAAUGGUGGGGGACUCACGUGAUGACAUGUUAGCCGGACUAGCAGCAGGAUUCACCACUGUUCUCAUCCGGCACGAAGACAAUGCCAAAGUUGAGACCGACGUUCCGGGGAUUGACUACGUGAUUCAUGAUUUUCACGAACUGAUAGAACUUUUGUCUUAA